UCAUCAUACAUAUUGAAACAAAUAACAAAUAUGAAAUUAAGAACAGCCUUGGACAGAAGAUUUACUUUGUCACCGAGGAUAAUAAUUGCUGUACCCGAAAUACUUGUGGGGCUCAUAGGCCUUUUACCAUGAGGAUUCUUGAUCUUAUGGGCCAAGAGGUCGUAACUCUGGAGAGACCACUAAGAUGUGGCUAUUGUUGUUGCCCCUGCUGCCUUCAGGAGAUAAAAAUCUAUGCUCCUCCUGGUACACCAAUAGGUUAUGUUAUUCAGACCAAGCACCCGUAUGUGCCUAAGUUUACAAUUCAAAAUGAGAAUAAAAAGGAUAUGCUAAGAAUUAUUGGUCCAUUUUUUGCAUGCAAAUGUUGUGGAGAUGUUGAUUUUGAGAUCAAAUCUCUUAAUGAAGAAAAUGUGAUUGGCAAGAUUUCCAAGAAGUGGACUGGUUUUGUGAGAGAAGCAUGUACAGAUUACAGUGACUUUGACAUCCAGUUCCCUUUAGACCUUGAUGUGAAAAUGAAAGCUGUGAUGCUUGGUGCAUGUUUCCUCAUUGAUUUUAUGUUUUUUGAAAAUAAUUCAUUCCCUCGAAUACUGGGUUCAUUCCUGAAAGCAAGAUUGUGUUAG